GUGCCUUUUGACAAACGUUUGUGAGGUAGUAAGGAAGCCAUCAACAUGUAUAUAUGUAUGUAUGUAUGUAUGUAUGUAGACAUAUUUUAAUUGUUGUUGUUGUUGUUACUUAGGUGUCGUUUUAGUUGGGCCAUGCUCUUCGCCUCCUAAGAUUGGGGCUAAGAUGUGAGCUUGUUUAGCUAGCUCAUAUAAAAAGCAUUCGCGACAGCGUAUCCAUCAACAGUUAGCAAACGCUUUACAAUACAGCAAGAUGUUCAAGAUACUACUGCUCGCCACUCUCUUCGCUUACGCCUGCGCCGAUAAUAUCGACAAGGACGCACAGGUGCUGAGUUUCAAGAACGAUGUCGCGGAUCCGGAGGGCAACUAUGCCUACGCCUUCGAAACCAGCAAUGGCAUACAACAGCAAGAAGCCGGCAAUCCAGCGGGUGUAGCUGGCCAAUACGAGUAUGUAUCACCCGAAGGUGAACGGGUCUCAAUUAGCUACACAGCCGAUGAGAAUGGUUUCCAACCUACCGGUUCGCAUAUUCCAACACCACCACCAAUUCCAGAAGCUAUAGUGCGCGCCUUAGAAUACAUUGCAGCGCAUCCCUCGGCUGUUUAAGGCAGUCGAACGAAGUUCCGAGAAUGUUGGGAGGCUGAAGACCUAAUAAAUACUAAAGAAAUCUGCGGUCGGCGGUUGAUAAAAAAGGCAACGACGGCUGCAACGAGUGAGAAGUGAUGAUGAUUAUUAGAUUAGAUUAAGCGAGUGAAGAGGCCAUGUUGGAAGCUAAAUUGCAUCAAUGAAUUAUUUAAUAAA